GCGGCAGCGCUGGUGGAAGGUGUGGCAGGUCCGGUCCUUGUACAGCGGAUGCUCGUGCACGGGGGGCGGCUGGCGGAACCUUGGAUGCGUCCAGCCGCGAUCCCAGGGCGGGAAGACCGGCCGCGCCAGCCAGGGCACGAAGUGCAUCUUCCCCGCGUAGGUGAUGGGCUCCAGUCCAGGGAUUUCGUACACCCUGUCCAGGGGAGGAGGCUCGGGCUUCCGCGUGGAGCGGACUCCCCAUUCGUACGCCCCGCGUUUCGGGGCCCCACAGCCCCCAAGGCCGAGCUGUCCGGGGCGAGCCAGCGCCAGCCUGGCGGGCCCCGACGCCAACGCCAUGCCUGCCGACUUGCUCUCCUCAAGACCUCCACCAGGACGCCGCCAUCUUCCCAUGCGCAAGGCCUGCUGGGAACGAAAGGGGCUGGGCGCCGAGCCUCGUCCUGUGAGUGGCAGCCACUCGAACCAAUCAAGGCCAGGCAUCCUUGUCUUGCCCCACCCUCGGGGGCGGGAACAGGAAGGAUCCUCGGGUGAAGGGAAGCCCAGCUGUGUAGGGAACGGGGCCUGGGCCAGUGACUCUCACAGAGCCAGGCCUGCUCUGGGAAGAGCACCUGUCGUCUCCCCCCCCCUCCCCCUCCCCAGGCUGCCUGAGCCUCUGAUGAUGGAUGAGAAGGAGGAGGACGAUGAUGAGGAAGCCUGGCUGCAGCUUCGGCCUGUGGAGCCCUUGCCCUCCCAGUGCUGCGGCAGUGGCUGCUCACCCUGUGUGUUCGACCUCUAUGACCGAGACCUGGCGAGGUGGGAGGCAGCCCGAGCCAGCAAGGACAGAAGCCUGCUAAGAGGGAAGGAAUCACCGAACUUCCCCUCCAAACUGAGCCCAGAGACGUUCCUGGCCUUCCGCAUCAGUGCCAUGGACAAACUCACUCAGGACACCUACUGUGUGCGGUUUGCACUACCCGGGAGCAGCCAGCUCGGCUUGCGGCCGGGCCAGCACCUCAUCCUACGAGGGACAGUAGAUGGCUUAGAAAUCCAGAGAGCCUACACACCCAUCAGCCCUGUCAAUGCAGAAGGCUACUUUGAAGUUUUAAUCAAGUGCUACCAGACUGGGCUGAUGUCCCGGUAUGUUGAGUCCUUGAGAGCAGGAGACACGGCUUUCUGGCGAGGACCUUUCGGAAACUUCUUCUAUAAACCAAACCAGUACGGUGAGCUGCUCAUGCUGGCUUCGGGCACCGGCCUGGCCCCCAUGGUGCCCCUCCUGCACAGCAUCACGGACAAUGCGGAGGAUGAGACCUUUGUCACCCUGGUCAGCUGCUUCAAGACCUUUGAGGGCAUCUACCUGAAAACCUUCCUGCAAGAGCAGGCCCGCUUCUGGAACGUCCGCACCUUCUUUGUUCUCAGCCAGGAGAACUCCCCGGAGCAGCUUCCUUGGAGUUACCGGGAGAAGACCCGCUUUGGCCGCCUGGGCCAGGACCUGAUUGAAGAGCUGGUUGGCUCCUGCCGGAGAAAGCCUUUUGCGUUGGUCUGUGGCUCGGCCGAGUUUACCGAGGACAUGGCCAAGGGCCUGCUGCGUGCGGGCCUGGCCAAGGACUCCUACUUCCUCUUCUAGGCCAGGCCUCCCUUAAGCCCAGGCCAGGGGCCUGCCAGUGAGACCCAGGGAGGAGCACAGACUGGGACCAGAAGAUGUGGCAGAAGACCACAGCUGACUCGCCCCGUGAUGGCGGUGGCUGCCUGUACCUCCACGCACCUGUUUCUCAUCUCUACCUCCCUCAGCAGGCAUC